ACCUUCCGCUUUGAAUUCUAUUCAUUUAGUUUAAUUGAAGCAAUACAGUUCAGUUUUAUUUAUACCUAUUAUUUUUUAUAUGAUUAAAAUAUUAAUAAAAUAUGCAUUGUAUUCAUUUAUUCAACUUCCUGAAAGAACUAUUCUACUGAUAAGAUCUCGUAUGUAUUGGAAUGUGAAGUACCGUUAUGUGGACUUUCUUCAGGCUAUAACUUUUUUUUACCUUUUUUAAUUCUUCAUUUAGACAUGUUACAUUAAUAUUUUGGAUUAAGGGAGUGUGCAAUUUCGUAAAAUAGAAUGACAUUAAAAAGUAGUAGUAGUUCAAAAAAGAACAAGAAGCAUAAAUUGGACAUCAACAAAUUCAACAACCCCGGUAUAUUAAAUGAUUCUAGCAACAAUGAUUGUCCUAAUGGUGAUACAUUAGAAAAUAUACCUAUUAAAACUCAAGAAAGUAAAGAUGAGAUAGCAAUGUGUGUUAGAGCACAGGGAGAUGGUCAGAGUUUCGACAAAAGUAUUGAGGUAGUUGAAUCUUUAAGUCCAAACACAUUUAUGAAUCCCCCUAAAAGGUUUCGAAUUAAUGUUGAGUUGGAUAUCAUUGCUAUUGGACUGACAAUAUUAGCCUUAUGUACCAGAUUUUAUAGAUUAGAGGAACCCCCAAACAUAGUUUUUGAUGAACUUCAUUUUGGUAAAUACGUAGGGAUGUAUGUGAAGAAAAUUUUUUUUUUCGAUCUUCAUCCUCCUCUUGGAAAAUUAUUAAUCAGUGGAGUCGCCUAUCUUGCUGGUUUUGAUGGGAAGUUUAAGUUUGAUAAAAUUGGUUCAGCAUACAGUGAAGACGUUCCAAUAUUUGCUUUGCGAAGUGUUUCUGCUCUUUGUGGAAGCCUUAUCAUCCCUUCAGCUUAUUAUUUGAUGCUUGAGCUGGGUUGUUCUCAAUGCACUGCUGCUUUAGCUGCUUUCCUUCUACUUUGUGAUAAUGCAUUAUUGACCCAAUCAAGAUUUAUAUUGUUGGAACCUAUACUAAUUUUUUUUAUGCUUACUGGUCUUACAUUUCUUUUAAAAUUCCUCAAAGUACAUAAUGCUAUUAAAUCUACUCAAUGGUGGUUAUCGAUCGCUACAUCUUUUGCACUUUUAACAUCUGCCUUAUGUGUGAAGUAUGUUGGAGUUUUCACAUUUAUGCUUGGUAUUUGUUUAAUCUGCUAUGAAUAUUGGGAAAUGCUACCUGAUAAAUCUAUGUCUGAUAAAGCUUUGGUAAUACAUGCGCUGUCUAGGUCUGCUGUUGUAUUGGCUAUAUCUCUCUGUGUAUAUUUAUCAGUAUUUUAUGUUCAUUUGUUUAUCCUCACUAAAGCAGGACCUCAUGAUUCAGUUAUGACAAGCGCUUUUCAAGCCAGCUUAGAGGGAGGGCUGGCAUCAAUAACUAAAGGACAGCCAUUAGAGGUGGCUCACGGUUCACAGGUGACAUUAAGGCACACCCAUGGGAAAACAUGUUGGCUUCAUUCUCAUUCAGAGGUUUAUCCAGUUCGCUACCCUGACAAGCGUGGAAGUUCACAUCAACAGCAAGUUACUUGUUAUACAUUCAAAGAUUUAAACAACUGGUGGAUCAUCCGAAGACCUGAUGUAAAAAAUUUGGUUGUAUCAAAUCCUCCUGAUGCAAUAAAACAUGGAGACGUAAUUCACUUUGUUCAUGGUAUAACAGGACGCCCUCUUAAUUCUCAUGAUGUAUCAGCACCAAUGUCGCCUCAUAAUCAGGAAGUAAGCUGUUAUAUUGACUACAAUAUAUCAAUGCCACCUCUAACAUUGUGGAAAGUAGACAUUGUCAAUAGAGAUCAAGAGGGUGAUAUUUGGCACACUAUACAAUCGCAGGUCCGUCUGAUCCACUUGAAUUCAAGCCAAGCAUUAAAAUUCAGUGGUAGGCAAUUACCAGAUUGGGGAUUUCACCAAUUAGAGGUUGUUACUGAUAAAACAAUUGUGCAAGAUGACACUGUCUGGAAUGUUGAAGAACAUAGAUAUACUAAAAUUGAAGAUGAAAAGGAAAGAGAAAAAGACUUGAUGAAUGCUGAGAUGAUACCUAUGAAAACAACUAAGUUAUCAUUUUGGACUAAGUUCAGUGAACUUCAGUAUAAAAUGAUGUUUCCUUCUCAGGAUAGUCUUCAGAACCAUAUGUAUUCUAGCGAACCUUUAGAAUGGCCUCUUAUGACUCGGGGAAUCGCUUAUUGGGUGAGCCCCUAUCAUAACGGCCAAGUUCAUUUAUUGGGAAAUAUUGUCAUAUGGUAUUCAGGAACCCUCAGCCUUCUUAUAUAUUCCUCAUUGCUGAUAUUCUAUUUGUUAAGACGGACAAGAUUAUGUUUCGAUAUUACUGAAGCUCAAUGGAUACACUUUCUGAGAGUUGGACAUUUAUUAUUUUCUGGUUAUUUGUUGCAUUUCAUUCCAUACUUCUUUGUUGAAAGAACAUUAUUCUUACACCACUACUUACCAGCUUUUGUUUUUAAAGUCCUUCUCACAGCUGCAAUAGUUGAACAUAUCUAUUCUCUACUAAGGUACCGAAAAUUUUUAAAGAAAUUAUAUCUGCUCCUCCUCAUAUUAUGGAUUUGUAGUAUAAUUUUAGUAUUCAAGAAAUUUUCUGUUUUGUGCUAUGGAAUGACCGAGCUUUCAGCAGAAGAUGUGAUCAAAUUGAGGUGGAGUGAAUCAUGGGAUUUCAUCAUACACAAGGAAUAAAUUUCUUUGGAUAGCUAAGGUAAGUUGUGGUUCUGCUGUGACUUAAAAGUAUUGUUUGCCAUACAGCUGAUAGACUGAUCAUUUAUUUAUCCUUAAAUCCAUGUCUUUUAUUUAAUACAAUAGUAUUAUAUUAAAAAAGUUUAAGUAAGCUACAAGCGUAUAAGAAUAUCUUGUACCAUUUAUUCUUGAAAAAGAGGGAAACAAAUCUAUAAAUCUCGUGCAAAAAAAAUUUCAAAAAUUCGACAAACAAACAAAAAUUCCAUACCAUCAUAAUUAACUGUUUCUGAGUAGAUUAAGAAAAUAAUAUCCUUAUGCUUAUAGUGCAUGUUCCUAUUCAAAAUGUUAUUUGUUGAUGUAUAUUCAUUAGUUAUAAAUGAUAAAAAAAACUAAAUGAUAAUGUUGGUGCUACUGGUGUUUAUUUGCCAAUAUAUUUUAUUGAAAACUGAUUAUUGAAUAUUAUUCAAAAUUAGUUCACCUGUUAAAAUAGGAUGGCUAUUUUUUCUAGAGCAAAUUAAGAUAAAGGUGGUGUAAGUUGAGUGUGAAAUAAUUUGGAUAUGGAUAAUAAGUAUUUAGUGUUGUAAAAUACCAGAUUAAAAAUAUAACUGAGGGCUACUUGGACCCACUGAAUAAAGGUUUUAAAUUGAGCUAGGUCUCUUAUUAUGAAAAUAUAAGCAUAAUUUACAAUCUCUACAACAGGUACCAGUGCUAGUGACCUAAGGUACUUCACUUGGUUCCCCAUCCUUUUUUCAAUUACUGUAUGAUCCAACAUAUACUACAUUUAUAGAUAUGGGGUCUUAAUCUGAGGACAAGCUGCCCGAGCACAUUGGGACAUGGAUACUAGAUUGCCCAGUCCUGAAGGUUGUGGAUUGGAUUCCCACCUGGGUCAGUUAAUUUAAAUUUCUCGGCUGCCCUGGUAAAUGAAUCUUGACUUUCCCAAUCCAGUAAGUACACGACAGUAAACUCAAGGUAGCCGUUAAGGGUUGGCAAAAAGGUUCAUGGGCCCACUUGCUGGACUACUUCCCUCCACCAUUACCAGUACCAGUAGGGUCUUAAAAUCUAUGUUUGUGAAAAAUACGUAAAAGUAGAUAAACAAAUUGUUUACUAAUCAUCCUUUAAAAAAUUUAUAAAUUAUUCUGUUGUCAUUCCCAGCACAUCAAAACAAAUGAAUUAUAAACCUUAGAUUCAUCGUAGAGUUAGCAAUAAGAGCUUCUGUCAUUCCCAUUCAUAACAAACUGAUUUUUUUUAUAAUUUGAAAACUUGCAGUACUUUCAUUCCAUGUUAAAUUUGUUAGUGCUACUAAAUUUGCCACAAUUUUUCUUAAUACUUACAGCAUCUUAAUCUUCCAUUAUUUAAUUUAAG